AUGGUCCUCAGGACUCUCACGCAGGAUGAUCUGGAGCAAGUGUGGGCGUUACGAACGCAGCCCGAGGUCAUGGUCUGGACGGGGAGAGGUAAUGUCGAUGCAGAUAAGUCAGAGACGCAAGCCAAGCUAUCACCCUUUUUACCACCCAACGAUCUCAAAACGUACAACUGGGCCAUCUGUGACAAGGAGAGCGGCGACAUCAUUGGCAUCGGAGGCGUGCACCUGUUCAUCGGCGACCGAGGCUGGCCGGAGAUCGGGUACAUGUUCCGGAAGGAAUACUGGGGCAAGGGCUUGGCGACCGAGUUCGUUCGUGCGUUUCUGGCCUCGUGGAACCAACUUCCUCGCUCUGAGGUCGAGAUCCAGGUCCAGCCGGAUUCACUCGCCGAGGGGGAGGGCGCGGACGGGGCUGCUGUCGAGGAGCGGCUGAUGGCCAUAACAGUUGGGGACAAUUACAGAAGCCAGAACAUAUUGACCAAGUGCGGGUUUGAGCGCUUCUCUGUCUUCAAGGAGCCAGACUUGCGAGAUCCAUCUGUGGAGAUUGAGUUGCUUCUCUUUCGGUAUCUGCCUGGGCGGGCGCUGAAGAAUUAG